UGCGUCGUUUCUCUUUCGGCUUCAAAUAUUCCUGCUUUGAAAUAUUCAAACCAUGCUGUAGACUUCUCGGUCUUCUACUUUAUCCAUGGAAAAAGGGUGAUGCUUCCUCAUUAUUUUGAGUUUGUUUCUGUGGGUUCUUCAAUCUUCAUCAGUUGAAAUUGCUGAAAUUUCAGGGCUUAAUAAUAUGAGCUCUAUGUUUUUGAUCCAUUCUCUGUUGUGGAUUUUGAUGGAUUUCUUGAUGGUGGUUCAUAGCAAGGCCGUCCCUACUGUUAUUAGUGUUUUGCUUUGGCUGUUGAUUAGCUGUAGUUUGAACUAUGGUCUUCAGGGUGAUAUUGAUUGUUUAAAGAGCAUAAAAGAUUCUCUAGAGGACCCUUCUGGUUACUUGAAUGCUACUUGGAACUUCAACAACAACACUGAAGGGUUUAUUUGUAGAUUUACAGGCAUUGAAUGCUGGCACCCAGAUGAGAAUAAGGUUUUGGCGAUCCAGCUUUCAGAUAUGGGCCUCAAAGGUAAGUUUCCUCCAGGAAUUAAGAAUUGUUCAAGUUUGACUAACUUGGAUCUCUCAAACAAUGAGCUCUUUGGGCCAAUUCCAGUUGAAAUUUCCAAAAUACUCCCGUAUGCAACUUCCCUUAACCUCUCAUCAAACAAUUUCUCUGGUCAGAUCCCAGAGAACGUAGCAAAUGUUACCUACAUGAAUGCCCUUAACCUUGACCAUAAUCGGUUGACGGGUCAGAUCCCUCCAGAGCUUGGUCUGCUGCCCAGACUUAAAAAUUUAACCGUAGCUGAUAACCUGCUAACAGGACCAAUCCCAAAUUUCCAGAUUUCAAUACCGGCAGAUAGUUUUGCAAAUAAUCCAGGACUCUGUGGGAAGCCUUUGGAUCCUUGCCAGUCCACUGAAACGAGAGCUCACCGCGGAAUGAUUGCUGUGGCAGCAGCUGGAGGGGUAACAGUUGCAACAAUGGCUGUGGUUAUUAUUAUUAUUAUUAUUUUGGCCAUCAGGAGGAGUGGUUAUCGGUCUGCACUUGUACAACCGUAUAACGUCCGUAAAGAGGAAGAAGGAUGAUGAUCCAGAAGGAAAUAAGUGGGCAAAGAGCUUGAAGGGAAUCUCGUAGCUAUUCUUUUAAGAAAAUAUUGGGAAAAAAAAGAGGGAAGUUGUAUCUCUUCUUAGGGAAAUUUGUAAAAAAACAGUUGAAGGUAUUAGCAAAAUUAGCCGGG